UCCCAAACUCCGCCCCCCUUCGUUACAAUAGACCCGGACAUAUCCACGUCCCCCCUUUUCCUCGCGAAGCGCAAAGAGGUGCCGAGCCCACGGAUGAGGCGCAUGCGCGGCGCGAGCCGACAGUGGAGGGGCUGCUGCUUCUGCGGAGCUCGUGCAGGUAGCAGCCGCAGCAGCCCUUGUGGCCGCUCUGCGCGGAGGGGGCGCAGCGUAGAAGGGGAGUGCUGCGUCUGCGGCGGUUGGCGAGGUCGGCCGGGUGGCUCGCCGGAGCAGCUGGCGGAGAGAUACGCAGACCUGGCCGCCAGCCACGCUGAAGCGCUAAGGCUCGGGGAAGAGCGCGAGCGGCAGAGCCGGCGCCUGCGGGAGGAGAACGCGCGGCUGAAGCUAGAGAACCGGCGCUUGCGCAGAGAGAACCGGAACCUCUUCCGCCAGGCUUUGAAGCUUCCGCAGCAGCAGGAGCUGCUCCGAGACCCGGAAGCGGAGGCUGGGCGGGAGGCGGCCUUCCAGGAAGAGCGGGAGGCGCAGCGUGGAACCAAACGGGCCCGCGUCGGUGAAGGCGGUCGAGGAGACGCGGAGGAGGACGCGGAGGAGGAAGAGGCGGUGCCUGAUUUGGCCUGAAAGCUGCCGCUUUCAGGCGAGGGCGAGUUGGGUUUCAACAUAACGCUCCAGGGGCGCGCGUGCGCGCUGUCCCGCCCAGCGAAGUUGGGGCUUCAAGCUGGCAUCGCAAAUCGCAAUGCAGACACAUCGCCACGAACCAGACUGCCUUAUUUUUCACUGUUCUUUGCAGUUCACACCCAACGAGGCCGUUUCAGGGCCAUCCUGCCUCAAAGAAGCAAGCUACUGGCCCAGGUUUUGUAAUGCUGCUGAGAGCCCCUGAAGGAUUGCCUGGUUCCGCAAAAGCGAGACAUCUGCAGGCCUGCUGCCUUCCUGUGUAGACACAUGUCUCUACCACCUGCUUCACUGGCAAUGUGGCUGAUGGAGGCCGCGGAAAACAUGGGAUGCUUUUUGAAAAUGGCUUUGUAUCAGACUCUUGACAGCUUUCUUUACGUAGCUAGAAUCCUGAAUCCUUCACAAUAACAACCAACCAACUAAAAUGGACCUUGAAUGUAAGAGGUGGUGGCUAUUUGUUGGCUUUUGGCCUUAUUCAUAUAGCCUCCAGUUAACAAAUCUUUCCAAGGCUCAUGUAAAGGAAAUAUAUGCUUCACCAAAUUGUCUUCAUUGGUUGUAGAUGCAAGUGUGCUGUAUUAACUGCCAACUCAAAUUCUGCAAGUAUGUGCUAGCUUGUUGAACAUGAGGGUUAUCAGUAACCCUGGUAGUUUGCUAAAGGGAAAUUACCUGCAGAAUAUGAACUUGAUCAGUGAUAUGGGUCAUGGUUGUGUCAAAAAGGAAGAGGAUCUUGACCUUAACCUGCUUAGAAGGCAACCUGAACCAAUGCAUGGGUUAUUCAGAACCUUUUCAUGAGUAUGUGUAGAACUGUAGACGUACCUCUAAUACUGCUUUAUUUAACACAAUAAUUUUAGGAUAAGUUUUUGAAAGUUUUGGAUUUGCUGGAUCUGUAAACUUGACCAAAACCACCAUUCCUCCUACACUGACUAGAAUGCACGUUCAGUUAUUUUAAAUAAAAUCUCUUUCACUAUGGUGCAUUAAUAUUCAGAAGUAACACAUUUCAAAUGAAAAGGUUCUCCUCGCUCUUAGCCCUUCAUUGUUCAUUUAGAAUUGCAGUUGCGGUUCAGUCUGGGUGGUGCAGCACAGAAGGAUGCCAGUGGAGUGAAAAGCCAGCUCCUCAUUCACUCACCUGCCCCUUCCAAAUGGCAGAGUGGAGCCAGUGAGCCUAAUUUUCAUCAGGCUGCUCAAUGAAAGAGGAGUGAGCAGGCAGAAAUGGUGGUUCCUCUUCUAUGGAGCAGCAAUCAAUGUUUCUGUUGUAUGGACUUCUUGUAGCGCAACUUGUGGUCAUUCAGAUGUUUUGGCCUGCAAAGCAUCCGCGAAUGAUGUAAACCGUCCUGAGAUGUCAUACAUAAAGCAUAUAAAAGUUUUAAAUAAAUAUAAUUGACUAUGCUAGCUACGGUGAUGGGAACUGUAAGCCAAAACAUCUGGAGGGCCACAGCUCCUGCUGCUUCAAAUAGGCUCCAGGUACUGAAGCCCUGCCUUACUUCUUUAAACCCAUUCCCCGCCCCCACCUCUUGCAGGUACAAGUCACCUUAGCACCUAUAUCAAUCCUACUGCACCCAUCAGGUAACCACUAUCAGGAUUAUUAAAGCCUGGUGCAGCAUAAUUCUGUGCACAUUAACGGGGAGCAAGCCCCUUAGAACAUAGUGAAAAAGAAGCACCUUGUAGAACUCUUGUAAAUAAAAAUAAGCACCUAGUUGGUACUUCAGUCUAGCAACUUGUAACACUUUAUUGGGGCUGGGGUCAAGGGGCUAUUUUGUAUGUAUCAUGUUUUCGUGUGUACAGAUGCUCUUCAGUUUUGAACCCCCAAUGUUAAUUUUUUAGAACAUAAAUUACCGAGUGGAGGGACAAAUGCAUGUCAGUGUUCAUAGGUUGAUAACAAAAUGCAUUGCUUCCCUUCCAACUCCUUUCCACACCUCUAUCAGCAUACUAAAUUGUUGAAUGUGUUCAAGUUGGAGCCAUCUCAAAAUAGUUACAACCAACCUGUUAUAAAGUUAUUUAUUCUACCCUAAAUUUACACAUAGUUUUAUUUUCCAUUUAUUAAUAAUAUAAUAGUAAUAGUGAAGGGUGAUUCUACCAGGUUUGUUUCUGUGGACUUCCUCCAUUUUUCACCUCUGUCCAUUCCAUGCCAGUUCUGUGCUAUUUUUUUUAACAGAAAUAAAUUAUGUUUUCUUCCUUUUUUGUUUUUUAA